CCAUGUCUGAGCUGGAGAAGGCCAUGAUUGCCAUCAUUGAUGCCUUCCACCAGUACUCUGGGAAAGAGGGAGACAAGCACAAGCUGAAGAAAUCAGAACUGAAGGAGCUCAUUAACAAUGAGUUGACCCAUUUUCUUGGUGAGAUCAAAGACCAGGAGACUGUGGACAAAGUCAUGGAGGCACUGGACAGCGAUGGGGAUGCAGAAUGUGACUUCCAGGAGUUUGUAGCCUUCAUUGCAAUGGUCACCGCUGCUUGCCAUGAGUUCUUUGAGCACGAGUGAGCUGGCAGGAUGCAGGCAAGCACCUCCUGCUCAUGCCAGAGAGAUGCACAGCAGCAUUGCUCCUCUGGGAAAAAGACUGGGUGCAAUUAGGGGCUCCUUGGAGUUAAGCUUGUGCUAGACUUAAGCAGCUUAUUAAGUUCUGCAGCUUUGUGAAUAAGAAACAACCGCAUGGCUCAGGAAAGCCUAUCAGCCAGUGCCCACCUAGCUGGAUGCGGUGUGCAAAUGCCUUGUCUCAAGCUCCUUCCCUGCUGCUGUAUGCAAGGGACAUGCAUGAGUCUGGA